AUGGCAGCCGACGGCACUUGCACUCGUGUGUCAGGGAUGCCGGGCUACUCCUCUGGAUGUCGUCACCCUGGGCCAAGUGUGAACCUCUCAGGGCGAACCAAUGACAGUCGUGUCUUGCAGUUGGGCCUGAUGGAGCCGUCCACAGACGAGCACAGCAACGCCGACUCAAGCCCGAUCGCAAGGGAGGGCGAGGAUGCAAGCGGUCUGUACGCGGUGGCGACGGCGUUGAACGCGUUGGAGGCAAGUCGGCAGCCUCUCCGAACGCUGGAGCAAAUUUCCGCGGCCCUCGCCGCGUGUGCACCAUACCUCCCUCUCCGUGUGGAGGUGGAGCCUGAUCUGAGCAGUACGAUGUUAAUUCCUACUGUUGACACGGAGGCAACGCCUGCCAAAGCAGACUUGGCAUCGAAGCAGCCGGCGACCAUCUCCACCCCGCCCGCAGUCCCGCUCGACAUCCAUAUUUUGGGUCCAUUGCUACCGUGCCGGACGCCACAGGCACUGCGGACAUUGGAAGACAUUCUUCUGGAGGACUGCGAAGGCAGUCGACUGCCCUUUUGUGCGCUGCACUGUGCAGACUUGGAUCUGCGACGAGUAAGAGUGGGCGAAGACAGCGAUUACGCUCCUUCCACCAUUGCCGCGUCCGUGCAGCGAGCGCCGAGCGAUCCAUCUCUUGACCUGCUUGUGUCUCCCACGACGGAGGCGUACUCGAGUUGCACCGCGACUGUGUCACAAGUGCUAGCUUUCCUGAAACAUCUUGUUGCCGCACGCGCUGCUCAGCUCACCACACUACACUUCACGCGGUGCUACGUUGUGCCGCAUGACCUGGGUCAGUCGAUCCCGCUGCCGCUAGCCACAGUGCGACGGCUGCGGUUUGAACACUGCUCACUCACUCCCGCCCAUGUUGGCGCGCUCUUAGAGCUCGCGCGGCAGCAGGAUGCGGUGGCGUCAUCGAAGCUUGCAGAGGCAUGCGGCGUUAUUGGCCUGUCGUCUCACCGAAGCCGAUCGUUUGGUGCUCUCGAGGAACUGCAGCUUAGCGGAUCUCUAACGUCUGAAUGCAUCGCCGAGCUGCUAGACUACGUGGAGGAGCAGCAGCAAUACCGGAAAGCGGACGGCGAGGCGAUCGCCUUACGUGCACUGUGCGUUCCGUCGUCAGUGGUGCGAACGACGAGAACUCACCCGUUCGUACAGGCCAACGGCAGCCGAAUUAGCGUGUGGAGUGUCUGCGUGUAG